AUGGCAGUGUCCACAUGGCCAGACAUCUCUCAUCUCUCCGUCUCCAGGCCGGAGCUGAUCAAUGUUCUGAGGCAGAUGGGCCAACAGGUCACGUGGCCUCAGAAGAUGAAAGCACCCGACUCUUUCCGGAACCCUGGUUUCUGGUGCGACUUCCACCAAGACCACAGUCACAAAACGGAGGACUGCGUCGCACUAAAGAUCGAGGACCGAGUGAUUCAUGUUAUAUCGGGCGGUUCGGAGAUCAGCGGCAUAAGCCAUGCUGCCGCGAAGAAAAGCACCUGGAACGCUAAGCACGGCCUAGAGGCAGUUAAGCCAAAACGCCAGCUCCUAGGCACAGACGAAAUAAACUUAACGGCCAAGGAGCAGGAGAAAGUUCUCACCCCACAUCACGACGCCCUGGUCAUAUCGCUCAGUGUAGCGAACUGCCUGGUUAAAAGGAUAUUGGUAGAUAAUGGGAGCUCCGGCAACAUCAUCUUCCAGGCUGCAUACAAGGACCUGGGGCUGGAGGGAAGCGCUCUAACUCAGAGGAUAACCCAACUUAUAGGGUUCAGCGGGAAAGUCAAACAAACCGCCGGAGAGGUGACCCUCCCGGUAUACGCCGAAGGAAUCAACAUGUCAACCAAGUUCCUCGUUGUUGACUGCGACUCGUCCUACAAUAUGAUCCUAGAACGGCCAUGGAUUCAUGGCAUGGGAGCCGUCCCCUCGACUCUUCACCAGAUGGUGAAAUUCCCCACACCCUGGGGCAUAAAGGCGAUCAGAGGAGAUCAGGAGUAUUCCCGCUCCUGCUACCAGACUACUCUGAAGGGAAAGACCAAGGUCUUAUAG